AUGAUCAAAGAGCUCGCCGACUACGAACGCGAACCAGACAAAGUCCUUGCAACGGAAGAGUCACUAGGCCGCACGCUUACAUUUGCACCGUCCGCUGCGCAUACGAAUCCAGGCUACGCCAAGACUCUCAUCCUGCGUCUUCCUACCCAGCUUUCGAAAGAGGAUCAAGAGAAGGGCUUCAAGGCUGGUGCUGUGGCUGGUAUGGCCCUAUUCUUUCACAACUAUUCCACCUGGAGAUCAAAGCCGGGAAUCUACCUUGAAGACCUCUUCGUUCGACCGCAGUACAGGAAGAGAGGCUAUGGCAAGCUUUUGAUACAGGUGCUGGCAAAAGAAGUCCUAAGAAUUGAUGGUGGCAGACUGGAGUGGAGCUGCCUGAAGUGGAACACACCCAGCUUGCACUUCUACAAAAGCUUGGGCGCGGUGCAGAUGGACGACUGGGUACAGCUUAGAGUUGAUGGAGAUGCCCUGGAGAAACUUGCUUUGGGCAAGGUGUAG